GAAGCUGCUGCUAUUGUUGUCGGUGGUCUCUAAGUAAGUCGAGGCUAUUGAUUGGAUUUAGGGAAUAAAGGCAGGACACUUCCACUGUUCCAUCUCCAAAUGGCUCAUCGCCAUGAUGAAGUUGUUGUUAUUGCUGUCGGCAGUCUCUAAGUAGAGACUAUCUGUUAGAUUUAGGAAAAGCGAUUUAAGGAAAGCUAGGACGCUUCAGUGUUUCGCGAAUGGCUGACCUCCAUGAUGAACAAGAAACAAGAAAGGAUGGGGGGAGUACAGGUCGAGACUCAUGCUGCACAUAGCAAUAGAUACAGUCCAAAUCUCAGACCUCUGGUCCGGAAAUGGAGUUUAGUUGGCCGAUCUGCACAUCACAACUCAAACUCAUGCCGCUGCGAGAAGAAUCGACCUCCGGCCGGUUCAAAUACUUUGAACGUUCAAAACAGGGGAGGAUGGUAAGAGAGAAGACAUGAAACAAGGAAGAAGGAUUUUUCUCUUAAGGGCAAAAAAGACAUUAAAACAAUAAAGGUAGAGUUAGUAAAUUAAAUAAACAAUAGGAAUAAUUUAAGAAAUUUGCGCAAAAUCAAAAACCACAAACCCCCGUUACUCUUUCUCUUUCGUUCGAACUCCAGCCAUCACCGAACAUCGCCUCCUCCACCGCUAGCAACAGUCGGGACUCGCUGCCUCGCCGCCUCGCCGUCGACCGCCUCAAGCAGUAGCCGGCGACGCCAGGUUUAGUCAAAUUCGAUUGAUCUUUGUUUCAUGCUUCCAAUUCACCAAAUUCUUGCACAAUAGACAAGACGACCCACCUACUUGUUCAGUUCCAGAGUAACCUUUCAGGUUAAAAUGGAGGAUACGCUGCCGAUGGAGUUUUCUGUACCUGAAAGCAUCCUACAACCAUUGCUUAUAGCUGCAAAUUCGUCUCGUUUAGACGAAGCCCUAGAGUGUCUCCUAGAAGCAGCUAGAACUGCCCAUGGCCGCUCUGACCUCGCUUCCCACAACAUUCUCCUUGUGGGUCUACAACUCUCUCAACUCCUUUCUAACUCCUCAGCACCUCACCUUCUCGCCUUGUCUCUCAGACUACUCAGGAACCUCUGCGCUGGAGAAAUCGUGAACCAGAACUCUUUCAUCAACGAAAAUGGUGUUAAGAUCAUCUUGCUUGCUUUAAAGUCUGUAGGGUUAGGUUCCAAUCCGGAUUAUGGAAUCUUUCGUAUUGGAUUACAGGUUCUGGGGAAUGUCUCCUUGGCCGGAGAAGAACAUAGGUCUGCAAUUUGGGGUCAGUUCUUCCCUGUUUGGUUUGUGGAGAUUGCGAGUAUUCGAAGGCCUGAGAUUUCUGAUGCCCUGUCUAUGGUUCUGUACAACUGUUGUAAUGGAAGCCAUGAACGCAUUGGAGAGCUUUGUGGGAUUCAAGGGUUGCCUAUUGUAGCGGAAAUUAUCAGGACUGCUUCAACAGUUGGAUUCAGAGAAGACUGGUUGAAGCUGCUUCUUUCGAGAGUCUUCUUUGAAGAUAACCACUUCCCUCAAUUGUUUUCUAAGUUAAGCUCAGCCCAGUCUACCAUUAUUGGUGGUGAUGUUGAUCAUGGUGAUUCCCUUUUCACAGCUGCUGAGGUGUUCUUGUUGAGUACCCUUUCAGAGGUUUUGAAUCAGAAAAUUGAAGAGAUUAUUGUUUCAAAUGAUUUUGCAUUUUGUGUUCUUGAAAUACUGAGGAGAUCUGUUGUAGUCAUUGAUUCUUGCUCAAGAGGCAAAUCUGGUCUUCCAACGGGUUUUGCCACAAUUGAUGUUCUUGGAUACUCAAUCACCAUUCUAAGAGAUAUUUGUGCUCGGGAAGAUAUGAGAAGUUCUAAAGAAGAAAACUCAGUGGAUGUUGUCAGUACCCUAUUGUCUUCUGGGCUCAUAGAACUGAUGUUAGAUUUGCUUCGUGACCUUGAGCCACCCGCAAUAAUCAGGAAGUCAAUCAAGAAAGUAGAGACCCAAGAAGGGCCAUCAUCUUCUGAUUCACCAAAGGUUUGCCCCUACAAAGGAUUUCGAAGAGACAUUGUUGCAGUCAUUGGCAAUUGUUUGUAUCGAAGGAAGUAUGUGCAAGACUUAAUUAGGAAGAACAAUGGAAUUCUUUUGUUAAUGCAACAAUGUGUUACUGAUGAAGAUAACCCCUUCUUGAGAGAAUGGGGCAUCUGGUCAAUAAGGAACUUAUUAGAGGGAAAUGCAGAAAAUCAAAGGGUAGUAGCAGAACUGGAGCUUCAAGGUUCUGUUGAUAUUCCUGAAAUUUCUGGUCUUGGUUUACGGGUAGAGGUGGACCAGAAGACUCGGCGUGCAAAGCUGGUCAACGUUUCCUGAUUUAUGAUUCUUGGCACUAACUAUAAUUAGAACGUGAUUUGAUGGGGCUCACUAGAGGCCUUGAAGUGGGUAAACUAUACUCAUCUGACAUAAUGUUCUGAUUUGAUCCUGUAAUCUUCCUUGUUGCUGGUUGCAAAUAGCAGUCGUAGUGUUGUACACCUUUUUUUCUUGUUUUUUUAGUUAUUGAACUUUUAUACUUUGUGUCUUCUCACAUCUAGUUGAAAAACAAGAAUAUACAAAGAUGAGUUGACAGCUUCACAUGAAUAUAAAUGUUUACACUUUGAUGAUCAGACGAAACUUUUAUAACUCUUCAUCUUAGGAGCUGGGGAGUUAGCAUAGACCGGCUGAGAGUUAAAGGCAAUGGCAUUAUUUCUUUUACAUAUUGUGAUUGGUGUUGUAAAUGAAGAAUGUAGUCUGCUCAUGGAGAUUUCCUGUCUUUUGGCCCAGAUUUUGGUGUCACAGUUUCCUGUCUUUUGGCCCAGAUUUCCUUUUUAAUGCUAUUUCAAGAAAGGCCCUGUAGUUAGGACACCAAUGGUGUAUUUAUAUUGUUAUACUGUCUAGCCAUGUAUAGAAUAGUUUGACUCCCCAAUGUUUAGAUCAAGAUGAUUUGUUGAUUCAUCAGAUACAUCAACAACGAAACAUAGAAAUGCUACUUGAUAUAUUUUUUUUAAACUUAAAGGAUCAUUCACAAUGGUUUGCACUUUGGAACCUGUCAAAUGUGGAACAAGACUUUAGGAUAAAGAAAUGUAAAGGCUUCCCCCCAUUGAAGCACAAGAAAUGUAAAGGCUUCAGAUCUAAUUGAAGCACAAGAAUAUACAAAGACGGGUUGACAGCUUCACUUGAAUAUAAAUGUUUACUAUUAUAACUCUUCCUCUUAGGAGCUGGGGAGUUAGCAUAUACCGGCUGAGAGUUAAAGGCAGUGACAUUAUUUCUUUUGGAUAUUGUGAUUGGUGUUGUAAAUGAAGAACGUAGCAGUCUGCUCAUGGAGAAACUUUUCUACCAAACUUGUCUAUUACUGUAUCUUUUUCCUUAAUUAUUAUGGAUGAGAAGCAGGUGCAAAUAAUUGAUUAUUGGGUUUUGAGGAUUGUAUCAGAAACCAGAAAUGAAGGUUAGGUUUUAAUUUUGGCUUGCUAUUCUCUACUGAAGUUUGUGAUUAUAGUAUCUACUCGGCUUUUCUUUCCAUGGAUUUGUUAGCUGUUCUUCCUUUCUUUUUAUAGGACAGCCCUUGCAUCUCAUUCCUUUUUCUUACUUUGAUGAAAAGAAAGAUCAAUUCUCAAAACUCAUAUGAUGAAAACCAUCAAUUUACAGAAGAAUAAGAAAAGCAACUUAGUUGGGCCUUAUCUAUAAACUUAAUUAUUUUCAAAUUUGUUUCAUAUCUCUGGAUUCUUUACUCUCAUAGAAUGAUAAAGGCUGUAAUUCUGCCUUUGUUUUAUGUUGUGUUGUUGGCUUUUGGUAGACAGAUUUAACAAGUAUGAUUUACAUUGUUUCUUUUAACUCUCCAGAAGGAUGGCAGCAGUUUGGAUCAUAGCAGCUAUCUAGAUGCAAAAGGGUGAUGCUAAUAUAUUUUUUCCAACAGACUUCUGGCUCCUAGAACGCAUGGACCAUUACUGCUCUGGAUGGAUGAAGAUGCAGAAAGACAUGUCAUCAAAACAGGAGAAGAAGAGAAGAAUAAUUAGAGUUAUAUUCUCCCCUGACUGAAAGUUUGAACUCACACCAAGAAGAUAUGAACUUUCAACAUUGAAAGUAAAUAAAUUUAAUAUGAGUUAGCUAUUUUACAAAAUUGUCAGGAAUAAUGGCUUUCUGAAAGAGGACAGUUUAUUCUAUUGAUUUCCACCUUCUCAAAAUGCCAUCUAUAUAUAGUGAAAGCAAUACUUUCAAGAGUUUUAUGCAAGAAAA